GGACCGGACCAUUCCGAACCGGGCUCAGCAAGUAUUAAACCGCGUACCAUGGGAUCGUCAUGAGGAGAGAGAGCUCGGUAUGCGACAAUGGAGGAAGAGGAGCACGAGGUGUACGGCCAAGAGAUCCCCGACGAGGGCGAGAUGGACGGCGAGAUGGAGCCCCACGGCGCCGACGUCGACAUGGCCGCGGCGGAGGAGGACGCCGUAAAGAUGCAGGAGCUGGAUGAGAUGAAGAAGCGCCUCAAGGACAUGGAGGAGGAAGCCGCAGCUCUCCGAGAGAUGCAGGCGAAGGUUGAGAAGGAGAUGGGAGCCGUACAAGAUCCUGCAAAUGCAGCGGCAAAUCAGGCAUCUAAGGAGGAGGUGGAUUCUCGUUCUGUGUUUGUUGGUAAUGUUGAUUAUGCAUGUACCCCUGAAGAAGUGCAGCAGCAUUUUCAGUCUUGUGGAACUGUUAACAGGGUGACGAUCCUGACUGACAAGUUUGGCCAGCCAAAGGGCUUCGCAUAUGUGGAGUUUUUGGAAGUCGAAGCUGUUCAGGAGGCCCUCCUCUUAAAUGAAUCUGAAUUACAUGGUCGUCAGCUGAAGGUAGCGGCCAAACGAACUAAUGUACCUGGAAUGAAGCAACACCGCCCUCGGCGGUUCAAUCCUCACCUAGGCUAUCGGUUUAGGAGGCCAUACGUGCCUCCUUAUUUCUUCUCCCCUUAUGGUUAUGGGAAAGUUCCCAGAUUCCGGAGGCCAAUGCGAUAUAGACCAUAUUUCUGAUGUCGGGCCGUCUGAAGCCGUUUGUCUGUCCUUCUAGCCUAAUAAUUAGUGUCGUAACUAUCGCAGUAGUUUGCAGUAGUUUGCUUGUGGGAUUGAUUCACUUGAUUCCAUCUGCAGUAUGGUUCUUUCAAAACAUUUGCUGAAUUAUUUGAUAUUGUAGCUGUGUGCCAGUGAGGACUAUGGAUGCGACUAUGGAUGAGGGACAAUAAACGGUAACCAUCAUCCUGUUUGAUAAAUCAAUAACUAUAAUGCCUAUACUAUAGGUUUGGCUUUUUUACAGCUUGCUUGAA